AUCCUUUAUCUCUCUCUCUCUCUAUCCGAGUCUCUUUCUCUGCUCGUUCGCCAUGGAGAAAGCUCUACUCAGCUCCAAUGUUCGGGCGGCGACGCUCUUCAAUGUCGGCCUCAGAUGGAACCCCGGCCGUCCGUCCGCGGUCCGAAUGCCCGUCGUGAUGACCGUGGCCAAACCGGGUACCCGAUCCUCGAGCCAGUGGCAGGCCAUCCACGCCGACAUCGAGGCCCACCUCAAGAAGGCCAUCCCCGCGAAUCCCCCGCCCGUGGUGCUCGAGCCGAUGCACCACCUCACCUUCGCGGCCCCGCGGAGCACCGCCCCGGCCCUCUGCGUCGCGGCCUGCGAGCUCGUCGGCGGCUCCCGGGACCAGGCGAUGCCCGCCGCCGCCGCGCUGCACAUCAUCCGCGCCGCCGCCGUGGCCCACGAGAACCUCCCCUGACGGACCGCCCAGCGAUCCGGCCCCCGUCGCCCACCCUUCGGCCCGAACGUCGAGCUCAUGACCGGGGACGGCAUGGUCCCGUUCGGGUUCGAGCUGCUCGCGGGGUCCGGCGACCCGGCCGGGGGAAACUCGGGGCGGGUCCUCCGCGCGAUCGUGGAGAUCACGCGGGCGGUGGGGUCGCAAGGGAUGGUGCACGGGCAGUACCGGGAGGUGGAGUACCUCCUGUCGCGGGUCCAGGGCAGCCGGGACGACCAGGAGUGGGCGGCCGACCACGUGUGGGCGAAGAAGGAAGGGGACCUGCACGCGUGCGCGGCGGCGUGCGGGGCGAUACUCGGCGGCGGGACGGAGGAGGAGAUCGAGGGGCUGAGGAGGUACGGGUUCUACGUGGGGAUGGUAAGGGGCAUGACGGCGCACGGGGGCGGAGGAAGAGAGGACCGCUGGUCGAAUGCGGUGGUGGAAGACAUGAAGAAGUUGGCUCGCAAGGCGUUGGCAGGUUUCGAUGCCGGGAAGGUCGAGGCGGUCGCCAGCAUCCUGGAUUGCGGCAUCGAGUCCUAGAUCUUUCCGAAGGGGUUCCGACAGAAUCGAAGAGUCAACGUUAAUUAGCUUUGCAGGAAUCUUGGAAUCCAAGGUAAAUGGUGUCGGCUAGUGUAAUGGCAAAAAGUCCAGAUGAGCCCUGACCUCUACCUGUAUAAUUUAAGGACCCCACAGCACAGGAGGAGUGAUGGCACUGUCCAAUCAUUCUUGGAUCCAAUUGAUCUUAGCCGUUCGAUCAUAAGUUACCCAUUGCAUGAUUCGACGGUUGUGAUCAACUAGGGUUUUUUGGGGUUAAUAUUUUGGUUUUUACACAUGAGAUCUUGUUUAGUGCCAGACAACGCCUAUUCGGAAAGCUUCGCACCGUCCUCGCCCCGCCGUUUUAUUCUCGAAACGAAGUGAUGCGACAUGCUGUAUGGUCAUUUGACAUUUUAUGGAAUUAAACAAGCUCUAACCUUCA